UUAAGAGAUAUUUUUUUUCUCUUUUCAAUGACGUAACACGUUAGCACCCGUGUAGAAGAAAUUAAGUUUUAUUUCAAGCCUUUUGUGAUAUGUUAUGCCACUGCCUUGCAGUUAUAGUAUUUUACAUUAUUAGCCAGGUAAGUGAGUUUUUACUGGCGAUAGGAGAAGUUGACCCAGUAUACCUGCAUGUUAUAAAUUAUUGACACAACCUUAUCGUUGCUUAGCAACCAUAUAUGCUGUGACAUGUAUAACACGCCAUUUUUAAACAAGACGCAGGUGAAGGUAUAACGAAACGGGAUGGACUUUGCAUUGCAAGAGUAGUCGUUGCUUAUACUGCAGCUGGAAAAUGACAGAUGACGUAACCUCAUCAGCGAUAAAUGGCGCUUAAUGUGACUUUAAAACAACAAUUUGAAUUUUUUGCGCGGUAUGGAGCGAAAGGUACGGAUGGUGACAAAAUUACAUUGACAAAUACAGAUUAUUGGCUGCGACAGGCCAAAAUUCUUGACGACAGGAAGGUUACCUUGACAGAUACGGGUGUUUGUUUCAACAAAAUGAGAUCAAGAACUAUAACUUUCCAACAGUUCAUGGAAUUUUUGGACGAUUUAUCUACGCUGAAAAAGUUGGACAUGCAAAAUUUGCAAACACAACUGACCGAAUGCGGGAUGCCGGGCGAUGACGAGAAGAAACAGGAAAAGCCAAAAAAGAAAUGAAAUCUCGAGAUCAGUCUGUAACAAUACCUACCAGAAAUAUAAUUACUAUUUAUUAAAUUAGUAUAACAUUCAAACAAUUUAUUACAUAAUAUGCAUGGAAAAUAAUUUUUGAACAUCAAUCAAAUAUCGAUGGCGUUAAUUACAUUUCACAUAAAAGUUUCAUAUGAUUGGUGUAGAGUGUAUAGUGUAUCUAAUUAAUUGUGUUUGCGCGUGAAAUUAAAUUUAAAAAAAGAAUCUGG